AUGUACAACUCGUUUAAUCGCAUCCAGAAUGUAUUUGGCUUCUUCACGACAGUAGCCUGCGUCUUUGGCGCCUUUAUUGCCGCCACCGACCUCUUCUCUCCGCGCGAGCCGUCCGGCGUCAUAACACCCGAUAAAAUCCAAGUCGUCAAGGGCCGCCCUCACUACUACAGCACCAGGAAGGAAGAGUACGCCGUCAUCCGCUUCUCUCUCGACGCCGACCUCUCCAGCCUAUUCACCUGGAACACAAAGAACCUCUUCGUCUACGUCACCGCCGACUGGCCCGGCCCCGACAACACGACAAACUCGGCCGUCAUUUGGGACAGCAUUAUCACCAACCCCAGCGCCGACCAUCUUCUGAACAUUGGACCCGCUACGUUGAAGAAACUCCGAAAGAGCUCCGCCGGAAAGUCCAUCGACCCAAAUCGCGGCAAGCUCAAGCUUAAGAACCAAAAGCCCAAGUAUCAGAUCACGCAUCCUUCUGGCAAGAUUGCCCAGACGGCAGAUGUCACACUGAAGCUGCACUACAAUGUCCAGCCUUGGGUUGGUCUGCUGACCUGGAACAUGCCGAAGGACCUCUUCCUUUGGAAGACCAUGUCCGGAGGCCAGAGCAAAAAGGUUGCCCUCCCAGCCCUCAAGGUCAAGGAGUCCAAGGACACCAAUUCCAAAACCAGCACCAAGGCCAAGAAUGCCAAGGCAUAA